CCAAAUCUAUGCUACACAUCUUCUGCUUCGCCACCCGCUCCCUCUCGCCGGCGCCGACACAUGGGUCAGACCCUGCGCCGCACCUCGGGGCGCCUGACACCCCCUCCCCCGCCUCCGCCCCCGGCAAGCCCCCCGCGCGCCCACCCUCACCCGCCUCCACCACGGGCCGCACCAGCGGCUGCUGCUGGCGGCGGCGGAAGUCCUCCCCCGGAUCGGCUCGACGUGCCACAUGGAUUAGGAGGGCGGCCGGUGAUGAGGUAGGACGCUGGGCAGAGAGACGGCAGUCGUGUGGGAGUAACCUGGAUCCUGCAGCCGGCGGUGUGAGGAGCGAAUCAAGACGCCGCCAGGUCAUGCCCGACCUCGCGGGUGCAGGCCGACAGCAGCCGAUGACCCUCUCCCGUCUGCUGCACCUCCCUCUCCUAUUUCCUCCCACUUUCUCCAUCGGCGGUGGCGGCGGCGGCGGCAAGAGGAAAGAGGGUCCCAGGGGGAGACGCGGGCUAGGUCUCGCUCUCGCUGCCCACUCGCUUCGCUCCUUCUUAUCUCGCUGCUCGCCGGUUUUUUCCUUCGCGUGGCGCACUCGCUGUACUGAUGAUCGGAUGAAGAAUACAAGAGGAAGGACCUUGAGGAAGACUGAAGAACAAUGUAUGGAUCUUCAAUUAUAAUGAUGAUCAUAGCAGGGAGAUAUACCAUACUAAGAGCAUGCAAAGAUAAGCACUGAUGUAGAAAUAUCAAGUUCGGAAGAGCACAAAACAAUAAAACAGUUGAUUAAGGCUUCACUUGGUAAUGACAACUCCAUGUGGUCAAAGGUUUGCAACCUGAUUUCCUUACAAAAUGUAGUUACUAGGGGAACCCAAAGUACUUAAUUUUAUAAUAGUUCAGUUUGUUUUUUCUGAAGCAUAAUCUUCUAAUUUCUGUGCUAAACAAUAAUGAGUAUUUGAAAAAUAGGGUUCAAACUAUUUGCAUUCUAAUUCCAGCCUUUCAGUACAUGAGGUACUGGCUGCUAGGCAGAUUGCUUUGUUUUUAAUUGCUGAGAUGCUCAAUAAUCAGGUCCACUAUUCAUGCCUAUGCACAGGAAGAUUAGUUUCAUUAAUCAUUCUUUUUUAUAGCAAUGAUUAGUUUGCUCUCAAAAAGAUGCUUUAGAAGAAUCUAUUCAGUUGUUUCUUGAAAAAGUUCUGCAUGUGGCAAAAGAUGCGGUGGCAAAGGUAUACCCUUUAUAUUAUCAUUAGAUCUGUUCUUUGUUCGGCUUUACUGUUUUCUUACCUUAAUAUUUUUUUUGGGUAUGCAGAUUUCAAAUGAAGCGAACCGAUGCAUAAAUAUUUUGUUGGCAAAAUAAGAUCCUUUCAGAUAUCUUGUUGUAUGUACAAAUCAUUUCUCUUUAUGUAUCACUGUUACUUUUGUUUCUGCUUCGUGCAUCCCUACAUAGUUGGUAUCAUGGGUUAUCAACCCCUCAAACUUGUUCUGCUAUCGGAUACCAACCAGAUCAAUUUAGUGUGAGAUUAGUUUUCAGUUGAACCAAUUUUAUAGUUGAAUAUGUUGCUUUGUUGGAACGUAUGAAGGUUUGAGAAGAAGUACAUUGCAACUUAAUGCAAAACCAUAUAACCAUGGUUCUUGGAAUC